GAGGGUGAUUUGAAUGAGCUGGAUGCAAAUGACGGUGCGCCACCGCACUGGAUGUCUAGAUUUGUGUCAGGGCGAGAAUCACAGGCACGCACUACCUGGAAACGCUGUUCUUGAGGAGCUGAAACAGAAGAUAGCCGCACUAAACUACACCAGUGCUCAGAAUCACACAGAGUUGUCGUGUAUUACCGCAUCCUGAUCUGAGAAAGAGAGAGACAGCCGUCGCGCUAGAGCAGCUGCCAUGACAGGGGUGGGGGCAGAGGAUGACAUCCCUCUCUGUGAGAGGAAAACUGUCACUGACUUCUGCUAUCUCCUGGACAAGUCCAAACAGCUUUUCAAUGGCUUAAGGGAUCUGCCUCAAUAUGGACACAAGCAGUGGCAGUCCUAUUUUGGCCGAACAUUUGACAUAUACACCAAGCUGUGGAAGUUUCAGCAGCAGCACAGACAAGUCCUGGACAACCGGUACGGUCUCAAGAGGUGGCAGAUAGGGGAAGUGGCCUCAAAAAUUGGCCAGCUGUACUACCAUUACUACCUCCGCACUUCAGAAACAAGCUACCUAAAUGAAGCCUUUUCCUUUUAUUCGGCCAUUCGCCAACGAUCAUAUUACCACCAAGUCAACAAAGAAGACAGGCCAGAGCUGGUUGUAAAGAAGCUGAGGUAUUAUGCUCGGUUUAUCGUUGUUUGUCUGUUGCUCAACAAGAUGGACCUGGUUAAAGUGUUGGUCAAGGAGCUGUCUGAAGAGAUUGAGGACUACACCCAACGCUUCAACACAGAGGACCAGUUAGAGUGGAACCUGGUGCUGCAGGAAGUUGCUGCUUUUGUGGAGGCAGAUCCUCUUAUGAUCCUAAAUGAUGACAAUGCCGUGGUGGUCCUAUCCAAUCGGCUGCAGGAGGGUGGUGUGCCUCCUCUUGAACAGGGCAUGGUGGUUGGCCAGCUCACCUUGGCAGAUGCGCUCAUCGUUGGCAACUGUAACAAUCAGGUGAAGUUUAGCGAGCUGACCAUCGAUAUGUUUCGUAUGCUCCAAGCGCUUGAGAGGGAACCAGUGAACCUAGCCACACAAAGCUCCAAGCCAGGGACACUUGAGCCCAAUGAAAAGCCGGCCAAGAGAGAGAACCCUCAUAAAUAUCUCCUCUACAAACCAACCUUCAGCCAGCUCUACACUUUCCUGUCUGCCUCCUUCAAGGAGCUGCCAGCCAAUAGUGUCCUGCUGGUUUAUCUCUCUGCCACUGGUGUGUUUCCUACUGGACGCUCAGAGUGUGAAGGACCUUAUGACUUUGGAGGUGUCCUAACCAAUACUAAUCGAGAUGUGGUAAACGGCGAGAUGGUGCAGAAGAGAAGCCAGGCACAAAAAGAGAUGCACUGUCUCCACCCAGGAGACCUUUUCUCCUUCACCAGGAAACCUCUGUUUAUCAUUGUCGACUCAUCCAACAGCACAGCUUAUAAGAAUUUCUCCAAUCUGUUUGGCCAACCACUUGUUUGCCUGCUUUCUCCGACAGUGUAUCCGAAGAGCAUGCAAGACCAGUGUCAGCGUGGGAGUCUGUUUACUCUUUUCCUUUACAACCCCCUCAUGGGCUUCCUGUCUGUGUGUGGACUGAGCAGCAUGCGCUAUGGAUUGUGGGAAAAGGCCCAGGAACUCCUGCGGAAGGUUUUCCAUGACAUUGGCCAGAUGAUCACGAGCUCCCGAGUUAUAGAUCAGGCCUAUCUGCAGUUUUAUGGCGAUGAAUUUCUUCGUCUGCUCAUGAUCCGUUUCGUGUUCUGCUGCACCACGCUCCGAUUACACAAGCUCUUCCAGCCAUAUUUGUCACAUGAUUCUAAAUGA